AGCAAGUUCACGGAGGAAGCUCUGUAUGAAGUGCGCAUGCGCGUUGCGGUUCAAAACAAAACGCUGCAGUUUACUGCGUGAUUUCAUCCUGGAAGACUCUGUCAAAUAUCGGUAUGUCCAGACUUCAUCCCUGUUCCUGACGACACCUGUUACAUUUAACUCCGAAACCCCUUUGUAAGGUGUUUGUGGGACUGUGACCAAGUAUGAUGGGUGCACUCGGAAACGGUCGACGUGGCGGUCGCUCCCCGUCUUUGCUGGUAGCGGCUCUCAUCGCCUGCGUCCUCCUGCUCGGCUUCAACUACUGGGUCUCGAACUCAAGAAACAUCGAGCUGCAGAGCAGGAUAUUGGAGAUGGAGGGCCACAUGAGGCAGCUGGCUGCAGACAGAGACCGAGAGCAGCAGAGCAAGCUAAAGGACGAGGAGGAGACGCGCAGACAGAACGAGCAGCUGGAGUUAAUGGAGGAAACACACCAGAGACAGCAGGAGAACACUCUCAUCACCUGGAAACACGAAAGAGAGAAACUGAAGCUCAAUAUUUCCUCCAGUAUUAAAACAGUGCAAGACAUGAAGAACCGUAUGAAGUCAUUAAUGGAAGAUGUUAAUAAAAUGCAGAGCGAGCUGAAGUCCUGUCAAAGUAACAUGGACACGCUUAGUAAGAAAGCCACCAGUGAAAUGACUCAGUGUAACAAUCAAAUUGAGGCCAUGAAAGAGGAAUGCAAUGCGAAAAUUGCAGCUGCCAAACUGGAAAAGCAAAAUACAUUUGAAAAGGUUGCUCUACAGAAUGCUGAUGGUUCCAUACAGAAAGUCUCUGUUUCAAAAGCCAAAUCUGAUGUUCCUGCUACAAACCAUUCUGAUAAAAAUGUGGCAGAAUCUCCAAAAGGCAAACCAGAUGUGGAUUCACAGUCUAAAAACGAUGCUCACGUCCAAACCAUUAAGUUAGUUGUUGUGGAAAAGGAUGAGAAAGAUGCUGUAAUUUUACAAGACUCACCCAUCCCCACCUCCAAACUGACCAAUAAGAAUGAGACUCUUAAGAAACCAGCCAAUGAAGAAGUUCCAGAAACAGUGGUGGAUGUUAAAGCACAGGCUUCAAAGGCCGCAGAUACUGUAAUGGAUGAAGCAGGGAUUUUAGACCCAAAGGAAGAUGAAAUGGGGAUUGGAGAUGAGAGAGAGGAAGAUGCCAACAUUGAGGACAGGAAAGAGGAAGACGCUGCAAUUGGGAAGGAAGAUGCCAUUAUGUACGACAAUGAGGGUGAAAUAGAAAAACAGCUGUCCAAGAUUAAAGAUGAAAAUCAAGGUGCUGGUCAAGAUCUAGAGGAUGAUGUGGCAAAUUAUAAUGGUGAUGAUGACAACCAACCAGAGUCUGAGGAUGAGAAGCAGGCAGAGCUUGCAGAGACGUAGUUCCUGAUCACAUGAUGUGUCUGCUGACAGCAACAAUUUCUCCAGCUAAAGACAGACACAGACUCUUAUUAGUGACUGUUCUGAACCUCUCAACGGUUGGAGAAGACACCUGCUGUAAAGACUGAUUUGUUCUGGGUGAAUACUGCACUACUGUGUAAUGAAGGAUAUGAAUCUCAUCCCUCUUACCAGGACAGGCAUGGUGAAAACAUUAUUUUUCUAGUACUGAUUUUAGGUUAAACUUGAAUGUAACUACUACUCUUAUGACAUCGAGCCUUUAAAUGAAUGCAUCAUGGUGAAUUUUCCUUAUUAAAUGAAAGAUGCUUUGUUCUUAAACAAAAGCAACAGCUGUUCUGUUACAAAAGCUACUUCAUCUGGUCUUAAUGGUUUUGUGUUCUAUUUUGAUGUCUAAACAUUUUAGCUGCUGAAAAAUGCAUAGGAAUAUUAGAUGUUUAGAAGACACUUAACACUCAUUUAACAGUGCAAUCCAGUCCUUUAUUUGCUGUAAAAAGUUACUUUUAUGUAAGAAUUGCAUUUUAAUUUCUUUUUAAUAUGUCAUGUUGGGAACUGAAAUAUUUUUUAAUA